AUGGGGCUCAGUGUGAUCAAUGGUUCUCACUGUCCCCAACCUCCCCCAUCCUGCAGCCACAUCCAGGUCCUGGCCGGUGCUCGCAGCCUCUCGGCCUCCUCCGGCCAGGAGCAGUUCUCGGUGGCCGUGGCCUCCAUCAUCCCCCCUGGCUCCAUCAUCCCCCCCGGCACCAGCUCCAGCACCAGCACCAGCACUGGCACCAGCACCAGUACCAGUACUGGUACCGGCUCCAGCACCAGCACAGACACCAGCACUGGCUCCAGCACUGGCUCCAUCACCAGCACCGGCUCCAGCACCGGCUCCAGCACCGGCAGCCAUGGCCAUGACCUGAUGCUGCUGCGCUUGGACCCCCCCCUCCGGCUCUCCGGUGCCGUCCGACCCCUGCCCCUGCCCCACGGCCCCCCCAGCACCGGCACCAACUGCACCGUCAUGGGAUGGGGAACCACAACCAGCCCCCAGGAGACCUACCCAGACACCAUCCAAUGCCUCAAUGUCUCCGUGGUCUCCAACACCGACUGUGUCUCUGCCUAUGGACCCCAAGUGACCGAGGACAUGGUGUGUGCCGGGGGUGACACCGAGGGCAAGGACUCCUGCCAGGGUGACUCUGGGGGACCCCUCAUCUGCGAUGGGGUCCUACAGGGCAUUGUGUCCUGGGGGGACCACCCCUGUGGGCAGAUGGGGCGGCCGGGGGUCUACACACGGGUGUACAACUACGUGCCUUGGAUACUGGAGAACAUGGGGGAGAACUGA